ACGGUAUAAAGGAUGAAGUUGUGCAGUGCAUUUUACUUGUUAUUAAUCUAUUUAAUAAACAUAAAUAAAGUCAGUGGUCGUGGCAGUAAGAAUUGCACGCUCAUUCUGAAUACAGAUUUUGGAGAACCAUCGCCUGUUUACAUUAAAAAUGUAACAUAUUUGGCUCCAAAUACACCGUCGGGCGCCAUUUUGUUGGCGCGUUCGGAUAUACUGCUUGUUGGUUGUCCAGGCAACAAGAAGUUUGUUGUUUUGGGAAAUCAAACGACUAAUUUAAAUGCUAUAGAGGUGCAUUGUCUUCAUGACAAUGUGUUCCGGUCCGGACGUUGGAUAGGACAAUUCAAAGAUAUAAAAUGCACCUCACUGCCAUGGUUCUCAACUGAGGAGACUUCUGAAAGCUGCGCUAGUCGAAAUAAACUUUAUAGGGUAGGUUACAACAUCCGCGAUGUCUUCUACACUCUAUACACAGCGUGUUUCUCCCGUCAGCUCCUCUCGACAUUGUACGUACACCAUGAGAUCAGGCCGUGGAGUAAUUUUAUACAGAACUCUUCUAGCAGACCUAACUUUAUUGAGGGCGGUGUGUUCGACAAAGUUCAAAUGUCAAAAAUAUACGCGGUGCACAAUCAGAAGUAUCGAUUGAAUCAAAUUUUAGGAGAUAAUAUGGAUCAACAGUACAUUACUAGGACUCAGUUCCUGAACCGCGGUCACUUAGCAGCAAGAGCAGACUUUGUUAUGCGCGCAACACAAAAAGCCUCGUUUCACUAUAUCAACGCGGCGCCGCAGUGGAUGAGAGGGAACGCUGGAGAUUGGGCCGCUUUAGAAGACGCACUUCGUCGACGCAUUUCGUCUUAUGGAUCAGAUGUAAAAGUGUACACGGGGACUUACGGUGUUGCUAAAUUAGCUGACAAGGAUGGUCACCUGCAAGAGUUGUUUCUACAUAUUGAUGGUAAUAACAAUAGAGUUAUACCAGUGCCGAUGUAUUUCUAUAAGUUGAUUUACGAUCCUAAAAAGGAAACAGCUGUCGCAUUCAUAUCGAUAAAUUCGUCGUACUAUAACAUCACUAUGAUUGACAAGUUGACGUUUUGCAAUGACAUUUGCGAUGACAACCGAAACUAUUCCUGGCUAAGAUGGCGUCCGAAUGAUGGUACACACAGUUUCUGCUGUGAAUACGAAGAUUUCGUUAAAUAUGUUAAUUAUUUACCAAGAUUAAAUGUAAAAGGUAUAUUUUAUUAG